AUGCAGAUCUUCGUCAAGACCCUGACCGGCAAGACCAUCACCCUCGAGGUUGAGUCUUCCGACACUAUCGACAACGUCAAGUCCAAGAUUCAGGACAAGGAGGGCAUCCCCCCCGACCAGCAACGCUUGAUUUUUGCCGGCAAGCAGCUUGAGGACGGCCGCACUCUCUCUGAUUACAACAUUCAGAAGGAGUCCACUCUUCAUCUUGUUCUCCGCCUCCGCGGUGGUAUGCAAAUUUUCGUCAAGACCCUCACUGGCAAGACCAUCACUCUUGAGGUCGAGUCGUCUGAUACCAUCGACAAUGUUAAGUCGAAGAUCCAGGACAAGGAGGGUAUCCCCCCUGACCAGCAGCGUCUGAUUUUUGCUGGCAAGCAACUGGAAGACGGCCGAACCCUUGCCGACUACAACAUCCAGAAGGAAUCUACCCUUCAUCUCGUCCUCCGCCUCCGUGGUGGUAUGCAAAUCUUCGUCAAGACCCUUACUGGAAAGACCAUCACUCUGGAAGUCGAGUCAUCCGACACCAUUGAUAAUGUGAAGAGCAAGAUCCAGGACAAGGAGGGUAUUCCUCCGGACCAACAGCGACUCAUCUUUGCUGGCAAGCAACUUGAGGAUGGUCGAACUCUUUCCGACUACAACAUUCAGAAGGAAUCUACUCUCCACUUGGUGCUCCGUCUUCGUGGUGGUAUGCAGAUUUUCGUGAAGACUCUCACUGGAAAGACCAUCACCCUUGAGGUUGAGUCUAGUGACACUAUCGACAACGUGAAGAGCAAGAUUCAGGAUAAGGAGGGUAUCCCCCCUGAUCAGCAGCGUCUUAUCUUCGCUGGUAAGCAGUUGGAAGAUGGUCGCACCUUGAGCGACUACAACAUCCAGAAGGAGUCAACUCUCCACCUCGUUCUCCGACUUCGUGGUGGCCAGUAA